AUGGUGCGACUCAUCACCCAUAACCUUCUGUCUUGCCACGCAAAAGGAUGCACGACCAACAAUUUCCCUCUACAAUUCAAAGAUGCUGAGAUUGAGCAUCGCGAGGCAGAUUUCAAUCCUGAAUUCAUCAGGGGAUUGCUGCCGAAGAUUGAGUGGAAGGCCCUGGUGGAUACCGCGAAGGAGCUUGGCGAUACAUCGUUGCCAUAUGAACAGCCUGAGAUGAUGGAUGAUGAACUACUGAAAACGCUGCACCAUGUACUUCUUGAGAUGCAUGUCGAAGAAGGACAGAUGAUAUGUCCAAAUUGCAACCAUGUAUAUCCCAUCUCUAACGGUAUUCCGAACAUGCUUCUGGCCGAACAUGAGAUCGCAUGA